CGAAAAAAAAAAAAAAAGACAGGAGAACGUCUGAAAAGCGGAGAUGCUCGGACGAACGAGUAUUUUAAAAACUUAGAAAAUAACAACAUUUUCCCCCUCCCCCCGUUGUCUGCUUUUUUAUACGGCGUGAAGGACCGGCUGCGACAAUGUCCGCUCAAGCUCAAAUGCGAGCUUUGCUCGACCAGCUCAUGGGAACAGCGAGGGAUGGUUCAGUGUAUCUUUGCCAGCCUACAUCAAUCUGCAAAGGAGUUGCAGAAAAGCCUCGUGUUCAUCGAGCCGUUUGGCAAGAAAUCUGUUCCUAUUUUUACUUUCCCACAGCGGGUUUAAAAUUCUGCUGCUGAGGGCUUGAAGAUGCAGAAGGGUACAGUAUGUGGUGCAGAACGCAGUGUGUAUAAACCUACUUUUGCUUUUUUUGAAUUUCUGUCAAUGUAUCUUGUCUGUAAAUGGCUUGGCUGGAGCAAAGGAUGACAUUUAUGUGUUGACAUGCUAUGUAAAACAGAGCCUUUCUUCACACAUGUGCAAGGUGGUUAUUGAGCCUUUAAAACAAGAUAUACUGAGAGUUUAAGCUCUGUCAUUGUCAUACUGACAUUGAGUCCGGGGUAAGUUUACCACCAAGAAUAGCAACAACCGUCACACAAUGAGGCUAUGGAGAGCCUUCAGCUUCUCACUUAACACAGAGGCAAAGUAAAGUUAGUAAUGCUCUUAUGACAUGCUAAUGACCAACAAGAUGUUUUAAACAAUGGGCUCAAACUGUUUAAAUAGAAAUAUUGUGACACAUACGACACAUUCUUGUAUUAUGCAGUGCAAUAGCAGUCAGAUAUGUGAACGUCUCACCACCCCACUGACAAAUAUACCUAAUUGGAUGUCCUUUGGACUGUUUCAGGAGAUGAAACGCGGCAGAGGGUCAAAUUCUCGGAUGAUCGAGUCUGCAAAAGUCACCUCCUCAACUGCUGUCCGCACGACAUCUUGUCCGGAACUCGCAUGGACCUGGGAGACUGCACCAAGAUCCAUGACCUGGCACUUCGAGCCGACUAUGAAAUCGCCUCCAAAGAGAAAGAACUCUUUUUUGAGCUUGACGCGGUUGAUCACUUGGAGUCAUUUAUCGCCGACUGUGAUCGCAGAACAGAGCUGGCCAAGAAACGCCUGGCUGAGACUCAAGAAGAGAUAAGUGCUGAAGUAGCAGCAAAGGCAGAGAAGGUCCACGAGCUGAACGAAGAAAUCGGAAAGCUCCUCGCCAAGGCAGAGCAACUCGGAGCAGAAGGAAACGUGGACGAAUCUCAGAAGGUUCUGCAGGAAGUGGAGAAGGUCCGCAGUAGGAAGAAGGAUGCAGAGGAGGAAUACAGAAACUCCAUGCCUGCCUCCAGUUUCCAGCAGCAGAAACUGCGCGUUUGUGAGGUGUGCUCUGCCUAUCUGGGUCUCCAUGAUAACGACCGCCGUUUGGCUGACCAUUUUGGCGGGAAGCUCCACCUCGGCUUCAUCCUAAUCAGAGAGAAACUGGACCAACUAAAGAAAACGGUUGUGGACAAGCAGGAGCAACGCAACCAAGACCGCCUGAAGAGACGUGAAGAAAGGGAGAAAGAGGAAAAGAUGAAAAAAAGGACAAGAUCCCGCAGCAGAGAGUCUGGUUCUCGUGACCGAAGGAGGCGCCGCUCACGCUCCACAUCACGAGACAAGCGUCGCUCACGCUCCCGGUCCAGGGAGAGGAAGAGGCGACAUCGCAGCCGGUCCCGCUCUCGCAGCCGAGGACACCGUCACAGUCAUGAGCAGAGCUCCAGACAUAAGUCCUCCAGAGACCGAGAGCGCUCAUCUAGAGACAAGUCACGGGAGCACGAUCGACGGGACGGCAUGAACGGCAGGUCGGACUCUCGCAGAGCCGACGACAGAGAAAACCUGUGAAGACCCAAACGUCCAUUCAUCCUCCCACACACACCUUUGUGUGUUCUUGCCCCAUUUGUCCAUUUCCAAGCCACAGACUGUUCCUUAUAGUCUCCAUAGACUUGGCUUUUCUUUUUCUUUAAUUCCUUUUUAUCAAGACACCGCUUAUCAUGAUGCAUUCUUCAACCUGGUCAUGCAGUACACAUCUUUGUAAAUUGGUAGACCUUUAUUCAAUAAACCGCCAUGUCAAUAGAGAAAUUACAUUUGGUCUUCUUUUUUAAUAUUGUUUUUGUCAUUUUAUGCAGAAUCCUACAUUGAAAUUUGGAGGGUCUUGAGUGUGAAACACAUUUCUGCUGUUAGAUUGCAUAUUUUUUUUAAUUUUGUGUACUGUUUGAUCAACGCACUCAAUGAGUUUAGGAGCCCCAAUAUGAAAUAAUACAAAUUGUAAGUUUCAUCAUGUCAGGUAUGUUUUUUUCUUCCAGUCAGUAGUUAAGGCAAUGUAAAUGGAGGAGUGUUAAUGUUGUUGGAACUAUUUAAGUGUUCUAUUUUUUUGCCAGUUGAUUUAAAGUUAAUACAAAUGUUUAGAGGAUAUGGUUUUUGAGUUGGCAUGUGAAGCAGAAAGCGAGACAAAUUUUUGACGCACUGGAACUGCUUUGUGUUGAAAUGCAAACCGACUGUAAUGUUUGUGUGUGAGGUACAUCGCUUUACAUAUAAUGUGAGGAUGCCAUCUUGUUUCACUUGGAUUCAUUGACAAAAAUAAAUUAACCCAUAAUAAAGUC